AUGAUAAAAGGACUUAUUUUUUAUUUGUUUAUAUGCUUUUUUGUAUUUUUCGUACACGCUGUUUCAUCACAGGAACAGCCAAACCAUACAGACAUAUAUACCAAUGAAGAUUAUAAACUAUUAGAAGAACUAGAAAAAUAUCUUGAUAAUUUAAAAAAUACAUUUACACACAAGUUUCUUGAGAACUUUAAAGGUGAUAUCGAAUUAUUAAAAAAAAACAUUCAAAACUUUGAAAAAAAUAAUUAUAAUAAUGUAACAGGUCAAAAUGUGGACGAUUAUGAUAAAAAUGGUGAUAAUAAUAAUCAUAAUGAUCUUGAACAAAAUCAAUUAUUACAAAGUAAUAUUAAAUCAUUUUUUGGACAAAGUAGAACAACCAAUACAGUUGAUGUUUCAGCAAGUAAAGUUACUCAAAAAAGUGAUGAAACCAAAGCUGAUGAAAAAGCUGAACAGAAUGCUGAAGCUAACGCAUCUUCAUCCGCUUCAUCAGAAGAACAAAGUUCAUCAUUACAAAAUACAAAUGACCAAUCAUUUGGUAACACAAAUAAUCCAAAAAUGGAUAGAAAAAAUGCCGAUGAACAAAAAAGAGAUGCAGGUUUAUCUAAUUUAAAAAAUAUAGAUAAACUUUGCGAUGAACUCCUAAUCUAUUUAUAUAAAAAAAAUGAAGUAAAUACCAAUAAUUAUCUUAGAAAAUAUGAUGAAUUUAAAAAUAAAUUUGAUCAAUUUUUAUUGAAUGUUAAUAAAUAUGAAUUACUUAAGAAACUCAUUCUUAAUUUUUUUAAAGAUAAUCUAAAAGAUCAUAGAGCACAAUACAAAUUCUACAUUGCAUUAAUGAAGGCUUUAGAAAAUGAAAAAUUUUCUCAAGAAUUUAAAAAGGUAAUGUAUGGUUUAUAUAGUUAA